GAAAAUAAGUACAAUCCAUGGGGUAAAGGUUUUGGUGCACCGGAGAGGGAUUCAAAUGGGAAUGUCAGAAGGUACAAGUGGGGAGACAGCCUUGGAGUUAGAGAAAUAGUUGACAGAGAUACAGUGGGUGUUUCAUUAGAAACAAAGCCUUAUGGAGGUGGUGGUCAGCACAUUGAUGAAAAAGGUGAAAAGAUCACCAGGAUGAAAAUAACAAUGGAACAAGCUAAAACUGGAGAGCCAGUGACCAAAGAAGCUGUACCCACUGUAAGUGGAGAGUACAAUCCAUGGGGUCGCCCUGGCAAUGGUGCUCCAAUUAAGACUGACAGUGGUAAACUGGUUUCUACAACUGCUGGUGCUAUUACCUCAAAAACUAUUAACUCCCCAUAUAAUGCUGGCAGAUAUCAAGCAAAGCAGGAGUAUCUGAAAGAACUUCAGAAAGAAAUGCAUACACAACAACAAAUUCGUCAUGAACAGGAAGUACAACUGAAGGCAAACUCUGGGGAGGAAGUUGCUGACUGGGUACGAAGAGGUCAGGUCGGUAAUCCCAAAAAGGACCCAAUCACUGGAACCAUGCAACCACAUCAUAAACAAACUUCAGAUAUAGUAUCACAUAGGCUUGAUAUUCGUCGGGAUCGAUAUCCAGAUUAUCACACUGAUUUAGAGCGACAAGCAUUUGAAAGAUCCAAACAACAAAACGUGGAUAAAAAACAAUCAGCAUUGCUUAAUGAAAAGCAUCUCCAGACCAUGGACCAAAUGUGGGGGAGACCUGGAGCAGGGGCACCAGUUAAUCAAAUGGACCACAGAAAGCAACCGUUAGAUUUGGAGAAAGUUAGAGAUCCACAGCCUUCAGAGAAAUUCUAUCCAACCUGGAUGAGAACUGAUCUGGGCAAGCCCAACAACAAACCAUGGGUUAAAACAAAAUCUCUAAAUAGGAGAUUUCAUUCGCCCAAAGAAAUAUUUGGCACACAGGUACUUUAG